UCAAGCUGGGAGAAGCGCAGAGGAAACUUCUCCUGCAGCUUGGCUUCUCACUCACUCCCUUUAUUUGGCACUUUAUUCUGGUUCCUGCUUUACCUACUUCGGAAUGUAUCUUUGAUAACUCUAAACAUAAAUCAGCACUCGAAAAGUUCUUCAGAUUUUCUGAUCUUGGGAAGGAGAAUGAGGAUGAUGAGGCUAUCGAUCCUUCUCCUGUUGUUUGUGGGCGUUCACAUACAGGGCCAGAUUCCAGCCAGCCAGACUCCUUGCGCAAAACCAACCGAAUGCCCAAUCGACUUGUACUUUGUCAUCGACACGUCUGAGACCAUAGCUCUACAGGAGAACCCACCUGGCAGCUUGGUAAAGAGCAUCAAAGACUUCACCACCACUUUUGCUACGAAACUAAAAGACGUUAACUAUAAAGGUUUAGUUCAGAUCAGCUGGUCUGUAGGAGGCCUUCACUUCUCCCAGCGGCAGGAGAUCAUCAGCACCAUCACCAGUAAAGAUGUGUUCAUCGAGAGGCUAAAACCAAUCACGUACCUGGGAAAGGGCACGUACAUUGACUGCGCUAUCACCAACAUGACCCAGCAACUGGUCCGCUCACCGUCCAAACCCAAUGCCACGCGCUUUGCUGUGGUCAUCACCGAUGGUCACGUGACAGGAAACCCAUGUGGUGGGAUCAAAGUGGCUGCGGAACGAGCACGUGAUGAAUUCAUUAAGAUCUUCGCUGUCGCAUCAUCCAGGAACCUAGAGGAGACGGGACUCAGGGAGAUCGCUAACUCACCUGCUGGAGUUUAUCGUAACAAAUACAUGGCGGUUGAUCUCACGGGAGUGAGGCCAGUCAUAGUGACAUCAACAAUCGAUCGCAUAUAUGACACAAUGCUUCAUCUGGCUUAUCAAGAGUGUUACUCUGCGAAAUGUUUGGAGACUCCAGGACCUCCAGGUCCACAAGGACACAGGGGACAGAAAGGAGCUAAAGGAGAUAAUGGCGAGCCCGGUCUUAAAGGUCAAAGUGGACGUCCUGGAGAUCCAGGUAUUGAGGGACCCAUUGGACAUCCUGGACCUAAAGGAGAGCCCGGUCUCAGAGGUGAAAAGGGAGAAAUUGGAGCACAAGGGAGAAAGGGUGUUGCAGGAAUAUCUGGCAGAAAUGGAACAGAUGGGCAGAAGGGAAAAAUUGGCAGGAUUGGCGCUCCUGGCUGCAAAGGUGACCCUGGUGACAAGGGUCCUGAUGGCUAUCCUGGAGCUGUUGGAGAACCGGGUCUUCCAGGGAGUCUGGGAGAAAAGGGUGAUCCAGGUCGUCCAGGAAGACCAGGCCCACCUGGGCCAGAUGGAGAUCCUGGACCCAAAGGAGAGAGAGGAAGUCCCGGAUCACCUGGAUUUCCUGGCCAGAAAGGAUCUGCUGGGAUAGCUGGAGGACCUGGACCUAAAGGCGACCCUGGAAGACGAGGAGACUUUGGACUUAAAGGCAGCACUGGGCCUAAUGGGCCAAAAGGAGAAAAGGGUGAACCAGGUCCUGAGGGAACAAGGGGUCUUCCAGGCGAGGUUGGCAACAAAGGUUCCAAGGGGGAUAACGGACUUCCAGGACCAAGAGGCUCACCAGGAGCUCCUGGAGAGCCAGGCAGAAAUGGUUCCCAAGGUGACCCAGGUGAUGCUGGCCCUAGAGGUGAUCCUGGCCAUCUAGGACCACAGGGUGAUUCUGGCAGACCUGGGUUCAGCUAUCCUGGACCAAGGGGACCUACGGGUGACAGGGGUGAUAAAGGUCCGCCUGGACCCAGGGGAAGUAGAGGAGACUGCGGACCAAAGGGCGACCUGGGUUCAAAGGGAACUCCUGGAGAGCCGGGAGAGCCCGGGCCCCCAGGAGAACCUGGACGAAGGGGCCCUAUAGGAGAUCCAGGAAGAGAUGGUGACCCUGGACCAGAGGGAGACCCUGGCCUUACUGAAUGUGAUGUCAUGAACUACAUCAGAGAGACCUGUGGAUGCUGUGAUUGUGAAAAGAGAUGCGGUGCCCUGGAUAUUGUGUUUGUGAUUGACAGCUCUGAAAGUGUGGGGUUGACCAACUUCACCCUGGAGAAGAACUUCGUGAUCAACACCAUCAACAGACUGGGCUCAAUAGCAAAAGAUCCCAAUUCUGAAACAGGAACUCGAGUCGGCGUUGUCCAGUACAGUCACAACGGAACAUUCCAGGCUAUUCGCCUCAACGAUUCCAAGAUCGACUCCAUGUCCGCUUUCAAAGAAGCCGUGAAGAAGCUCGAGUGGAUCGCUGGAGGAACGUGGACGCCUUCUGCCCUGAAGUUCGCCUAUGAUAACCUGAUUCGCGAUAGCCGGCGUGCUAAGGCUAAUGUGACCGUGGUUGUGAUCACAGACGGCCGGUACGACCCCCGUGAUGAUGACAAACUGCUCAAUUACCUCUGCACGGACACCAACAUUGAUGUGAAUGCCAUCGGUAUUGGUGACAUGUUUGACCAGCCGGAGGAGAAUGAAAGCCUGAAGUCCAUUGCUUGCAGAAAAGAUGGAAGAGUCAUGGGAAUGAGGCGUUUCGCUGAUCUGGUUGCAGAGGAUUUCAUCGAUAGGAUUGAGACUGUACUCUGCCCAGAUCCAGUGAUUGUUUGCCCUGAUCUUCCAUGUAAAAGUGAGCCAGCUGUAGCCAACUGCAUCCAGCGGCCUGUUGAUCUCAUCUUCAUGCUGGAUGGCUCAGAGCGCAUGGGUCAGGAGAAUUUCCGCUAUGCACGUGAGUUUGUGGAGAAUGUUGCUAACCGCCUGACCCUCGCCCGGGGAGACAACGAUGAACGUAAUGUCAGGGUGGCUCUUCUGCAGUAUGGUGAUGAAAACCAACAUCAAUUGGCCUUCACACUUACCAACAACUUCACCCUCGUCACUGAUGGCCUUGCCAGCAUGAGGUACCUGGAUUCUACUUCCAAUGUGGGAAGCGGUAUUAUCUACGGCGUCAACAACAUUGUCACGAGUGGAGGCACCCGAUUGGCUAGACGAAAUGCCGAGCUGUCGUUCGUCUUCAUCACCGAUGGGGUCACCAGCAGCAAGAACCUGGAGGAAGGCAUUAGCUCGAUGCGCAGAGCAGAGGGCGUUCCCACUGUGAUUGCCAUGGGCAGCGACGUUGACAAGGAGAUCCUAGCAAAGCUUUCGCUGGGAGACCAGACGGCCAUUUUCAGAGGUCAGGAUUUUGCCAGUCUGAACAAAGCCCGCUUUUUUGACCAAUUCAUUCGGUGGAUCUGCUGAGGGGUGGGGUGGGUUUUUAGUAAAUGGUGGGAUUGGUGUGUCAUAGGGUUCAGUACAAUAGAACAGAUGCAUUUUAUUUACACUAAAUCUAUGCAAUUUAAGUACUUAUAUCUUGUUUAAAGAUUUAUGACAGCUUAGGAUAACCUGCAACACUCUCAUGGGCUUUUCAACUCAAUGAUUUCACCAGUGGAGAUGGGCUUUGAGUACAGGAAGACACUGCAGUAAACCAAGAGGUUAAGUUACUAGUAACACCCCAAACAAUAUGUACUGAAUGUGUAUUUUGAUAAAGUUGCAAUUGUAGUUUCUGUACUUUUAUGCUGAAAGGCCUCUAGAAUUUUUGUUUUAUAUAUUCUUCUACACAAGGUGCUAAACCAGAGUAAGACUGGAGUUUUGUAUAUCAUUAUCAAAUGCACAUUGGUAAAAAGUGCACUAAUUCAGGGGUACAAGAAUUUGAAAAAAAACACUUGCCACAUUCAUUCUGUAUCACUUAAGAUACAAUUAUGUCUAAAAACAUUGUUAAAUUUAAUUGUCAUUGACUUAAAAAGGGCCUGAAGUAGCUAAAAUAAAUCAAUGCCACCUUCCACAGCAUGUUCACUCUUGAGCCAACACAUGCUUAGAAGUCCAGUGUUUCAGAUUAAACAUUGACUUACAGUGAAAUAUAGAAAAAUUCAUCACCUACAUUUUAAUGUAAAGGAUAAUUAUGAGACUAUUAUUAGCACCACAAUCAGUCACUUAAUAAGAACCAAAAAGGAACAUUUGACAUGCUGUUGAACACUUGAAUGAAGAUUUUCAUAGUUGCUGUCAAACUGAAAUUUUAGUACAAUAAAUAAAGCUGUGGUAACACAA